AUGCCUGUUAUUCUCCGCCAUUGGCUGAAGAGAGAGCACGUCCGGCCGGAGGUACAGUCGCUGAUCCGAGAUACUGCGCCAAGAUUCCUCAGCGACAUUGAUGGGUUUGAUGAGGCUGAGCUUGUUGUCCGAGCUCAAUGGGCGAUUGCCAGGUCGAACAUGCUUGUGUGUGGCCGCCACCCCCCGAAAAUUACCAAGUCUGAAUUUAGCACCAUCGUCGAGGAUGGGCGGAAGCCUCCAGAAAAAAUGCUGCAACUACGAGACCUCGUCGCGGAAGACAAGAUACGCUCAAAAUAUGUCUUAUAA